AUGCUGGUUAACAAUGCCGGAGUGGGCAUGAUUGGCCCCAUUGAGUGCCAGACCAUCGAGGAGAUGAAGAGCGUGAUGGAGACCAACUUCUUUGGGGUGGUGCGGAUGAUCAAGGAGGUGCUGCCGGAUAUGAAGAAGAGGAGGAGCGGGCACAUCGUGGUGAUCAGCAGCGUGAUGGGCCUGCAAGGCAUCAUGUUCAAUGACAUCUACACCGCCUCCAAGUUUGCCGUGGAAGGGUUCUGCGAAAGCCUCGUCGUCCAGGCGCUGAAGUUCAACGUCUUCGUCAGCCUGAUAGAGCCCGGGCCGGUGGUGACGGAGUUUGAGACGAAGCUCUACGAGGAGGCGGAGAACGCGGACUACUCCGCCACCGACCCUGAGACGGCAGACAUGUUCUCCAAGCUCUACCUGAAGAACUCCAAGGCGAUUUUCUCCAGCCUGGGGCAGACUCCCAGCGACAUAGCAGAGCACACGCUGCGGGUGAUCAGCGCCGCCCGGCCACCCUUCCGGCACCAGACCAACGCCGUCUACACGCCCAUGAUGGCCCUGAAGCACGCCGACCCCACGGGCGCGCUGAUGACCGACGCCUUCUACAAGAUGGUCUUCAAGUACGACGCGCUCAUGCACGCCAGCCUGAGGGCCAUCCGAGUGAUCCGGUGGCAGGCCCAGAAGAUGAGGCAGGGGGUGAAGUUGCUUGGCUUCAGAUAGGAAUGGCGGGGGGGUCGGGGCUCAGAGGGUAGUGGGCAGGAGGCUGGAGAAGCUCCGUGGACAAGGAGGGCAGCGGUCAUGCGCCUCUCAGAGUCGGCCCGGGAGCUUGCGGCCCACUGAAGUGACAGGAACACAACAGGGGACUGGAGAACGACACGAGGUCCCUUCCUCGAUGAUUCUACGCUGACUCGGUGGCUUCAUUUUCUAGGGUGCCCUUUACGCCCAAAAGAGCAGGGAGAAGGCGAGGCGAAGAGGCAUGGUUGGGGGGGGCGAAGAGGUUGUCACGAAGAGCUAGAGGCUGCAGGGGAGAAGCUCUUGGUGCCACCGCGGGAAGGGCAGGGUGAGGCACACCGUGGCGGGAAGGGAGCAAAGGGGAGACAAGGUCUCGAUUCCCCUCGGCGCUGGUUUACACCAAAGCCCACUGAGCUAGCAGGACCCACACCGGCAGGGCCACGUGUGAGCCGAGUCCGUAAGCAAGGCGGGGGCCGGGAAUGGUCGCUGUUGCUUGCUGCCAGCCCGGGCUGGAUUUGAACCUGGGAGCUAGAGGCACAAGAUUUUCCUUCUUCCACUAACGGCCCCAACGUCACACUCCCCCCAGGGAGUUUCAACAGCAGCAAAUGGGCAGAGGGUCUGUUGCUUUCUGGGGUGGAGGGAAGGGUGAGCCCCAGCGCUGCCGUGCGAGCU